AUGGCUCAAACCCAACACCAUCACCGCUCCACGACGAAGACGGCCAACAAGCCCUUCAAGGCCCGCCACGCAUCGAAAUCCUCCCUCAAGAACCAAGCAAAGGGAAAAGUCGAAGAUUGGGAGAGGGGCACCCGCAAGACUCCUCAUCAGCAGGUGAUGUCGAAGCUGGAUAGGCGUAACCGGGCAAAGCAGCUUCGGGUGAAUCACAAUGCAGAGAGGGAGGAGAAGGCCUCGGUCUUCGCAGGCAGGGACGGGGCUCCUCGAAUAGUUUCUGUCGUGCCGCUGUGUCAGGACAUUACGCUGCACGAAGUAUUGAACUCUUUGAAUGCAAGCGUCGACGUUGAGGAAGAGGUGUCACAACAAUCUCACUCGUCGAGAGUCGAAAUUCCACGGUUCAAGCAGAGAGUCCACUACCUGACUCCAGCACGAGACCUGAUACAGACCCUGGACGCUUGCAGGACCGCGGACUUCGUGUUGUUUGUCUUGAGCGCAAACGAGGAGGUCGAUUCGCUUGGGGAACAGAUGCUGCGAUGUAUCGAGUCCCAAGGAGUUUCCACUGUCCUGACGGGCGUUUACGGCUUAGACAAAGUCGAGCCGGCCAAGAAGAGGCCAGAUGUCGUGAAAAGCCUCAAGAGCUUCAUUGCGCACUUCUUCGCCGCCCAGGAAAAAGUCCACGACCUCAGCAGCAGACAGGAUUGCAGCAAUGUCAUGCGUAGCUUAUGCACGACGAUGCCAAAGGGCAUUCGAUGGCGAGAGGAUCGUAGUUGGAUGUUGUUGGAAGACUGUGCAUUCGAUGGUGACCAUGCGAUUGUCACUGGAGUAGUGAGAGGCAAGGGGCUGAAGGCCGAUCGUUUGGUGCAGAUCGGAGAUUGGGGUGAUUUACAAAUCGACAAGAUUACUGCGGCACCUGCGCAGACCCGAUCGAGACGAGCCAAGGUAGAUGAAAUGACAGUUGAUGCUCCAGAUGGCGAGAAGGUCCUGGACAGUCCGACGGAAGAACAGGACGACCUUGCCGAGCUUGCUCCGGAAGAAGCCAUCAUGGAGGACAUAGCCGCUACCUCUAUCGCACCCUCAGAGCGCAAAGCAGUGUUACUGGACGAUCAUCACUAUUUUGACGAAGACGACAGGAACCAGCUGCCGGCCCCUAAGCGGCUGCCUAAAGGUACAAGCAAAUAUCAAGCUGCAUGGUAUCUAGGAGACGUGUCAGAUUCUGGGUCGGAUCUUGAAGAUGUGGAUGACGAAGACGACGAUGAUAUGGACUUUGAUGGUUCGGUGGCAGCAGGACCUGCAGACGGCCAUUUUGACGAUGUGAUGAGAGAACCUACUGAAGCCGGUGCUCCUUCUGAGUAUCCGCAAAGCGAAGCAUUCGGUGAUCACGCUCCAGAAGAUGAGGCAGAUCAGAUCGAGGCAUAUCGUCAGCAGCGACGUGAUGAGGCUGAAGAUGAUCUCGAGUUCCCGGAUGAAAUUGAAUUGCAUCCCGGCGUGAACGCGCGAGAGCGCUUGGCGCGUUAUCGAGGUCUUAAAAGCUUACGAACAAGCCAUUGGGAGACUGAAGAGGACAAGCCAUACGAGCCUGACGAGUGGACUCGCUUGCUGGAAAUCGCAGACUACAAAUCAGCAAAGAAUCGUGUGUUGAAGGAAGCCUUGCAUGGCGGUGUAAAGCCUGGCACCAGGGUCCACGUUCACUUGCGCAUUCCGGAAGGUCGUUUGAAUGAACUUCACAGCCUUCCUCGACCAACCGCACUCUUCUCGCUACUCCGCCACGAACACAAACGCACCGCAGUGAACGUCUCCCUGACACUGUCAUCGGAUUAUCCGGCACCACUCAAGAGUAAAGAGGAGCUCAUUCUGCAGUGUGGUCCGCGGAGGCUCGUGAUCAAUCCUCUGUUCAGCCAGGCUGGCAACACACCUAACAAUGUGCAUAAGUUUGACCGGUACAUGCACCCUGGCCGGACUGCGGUUGCUACGUUCAUUGGUCCUGUUACGUGGGGAAGUGUCCCAUGCCUUUUUUUCAAACCCUCAACGCCGCGAGCCCCGAUCGAUGCCAUUGAAGACCUUGCGGCCUCACUAGCGCCCUCGAAGGAGCCGGCUCUUGGGCUUAUCGCCACCGGAACCACCUUACCGCCAUCCACACAGCGCAUAAUUGCGAAGCGAAUCAUAUUGGCGGGUCAUCCGUACAAGAUUCACAAGAAGCUUGUCACAGUUCGUUACAUGUUUUUCAGCGCGGAAGACGUUCAAUAUUUCCGGGCACUGCAGCUGUGGACCAAACGGGGCAGAAGCGGUUUCAUCAAAGAGACAUUGGGAACUCACGGAUACUUCAAGGCUACGUUUGACGGCAAGGUCAAUCCUCUGGAUGCCGUGGCGGUCAGCUUGUACAAGAGAGUGUGGCCGCGGCAAGCUCGAUCUUGGAAUUCUCAGCGUAAUGGUGAUUCCGACGAGGCGCCACAACUCGUCAGCGCUCAGGCAGGCGAUGGGAUGGUCGAGUAA